AAGAAAAAAAAAAUUGUUAAGAGUGAAAAAAAAAGAGAAAUGGAGCAAGAGAGUUUUCUUCAUAUGUGUCAUGAACACCCGCUGAGUCUGAUCCCUGAGUCGGCCAAGAAAAGUUAUUACAACUCAUGGUGUUAUGGUUGUUAUAGAUACAUUUUACCUGGAGAUGCAACUUAUGGAUGCCGCCGCCGCAGCCGCAGGUGUGGAUUUCCGAUGUUGUUACACAAAGAAUGCAUGGAAAUGCCGCGAGAAAUUAUGCAUCCUGUCCAUCCUUCACACCAUCUCACACUCCAUGGUACAGAAUAUUUUUAUGGAUUAAAAAAAUGUGCAGUUUGUAAAGGGGAUAUGUAUGGGUUAAGCUACAGAUGUAGCCAUGGGGGCUGUGAUGGAUUGUGGAUCCACAUGGGAUGCGCGGGGUUUCUUAGUGAUAAGCAGCCGGCUAUGGCCCAUCCCAGCCACCCUCAACAUGACCUACACUUUUCCAAGAAGACAAGGUGGUGUCCGUUCCCUUGUGAUGCCUGUGGUGCCACUAAGAAAGGGGACUCCUACACCUGCAACAUAUGCGACUACUGGAUACACGAGAGCUGUGCACUCCUCCCUGCGUCUAAGGACUUCCCUCAUCAUCACCACUCUCUCUCCCUUGCCUUUUAUCUCCCCCCUGAGUACAUCCAAUAUGAUUUUGAUUGUGCUAUAUGCAACACAACUUUGCCAUUGCGACGUUGGGUCUAUCAUUGCCACCUCUGCAGAUAUGUCGUCCAUCUCAACUGCGCCACCUCCACAUUUGAUAAUGACAAUGAAAAUGCAAAUACAAUUGAUGAUGAGGAAGAGGCUACCAAAUUUCCUAUACCAGUAGAAGAUAUGUAUGUGGAGAUGAUCAAACCCUUCGUUAAGCGACACAAAGGCCAAAUUCUGAUCAAUCACAACAUCGGUGGCAAGUACAGCUUCUCCAAUCACCCUCAUCUGCUAACUUUUACUACAUUUUCAACUCUAUCCUCUUCCUCGUCAUCGUCGUCCUAUGAUCACUACAAAGAAGACGAUGAAGAUGAUUUUGACAGAUGGGAAUUAACAUGUGAUGGGUGCACACUGCCUAUACGUGCAAAGAAGCAAACAGAUGGUGACGAUUACGAGAAUGAGAAUGGUUACAUGAGUUGUGACGAAUGCAAAUACUUUCUCCACUUGUCAUGCUUCAACUUACCACUUGAGAUCCCCUCUCUUCCAAUUCACCCUCUUCAAGAUCACAACCUAAGGCUUCAAAAUGUUGAUGGCAAGCUAACAGGUUGGAUACGAUGUAAUAUUUGUCCAGGUUUUAAUAAUGGGCUCUAUUACGCUUGUACCUACAAAGGCUGUGUGUUCAAAAUAGACAUCAAGUGUGCUUCUUUGCCCAACACCAUAAAACACGCGGCUCACCCACGACAUAACUAUCUCAAGCUAGUCACAGAUAAUGAUUUUAGGUCUGAUUUCUGUGUUAACUGUUAUAAUUUUAUAAAUACAAAAGUAGGACAAUACAGAUGCAAUAGCUGCAGAAUCACUGUAUGUGGUGCAUGUGUAAUGCUACCAGCAAGAAAUGAGCAUAGAUUGGAGAAUCACUUGUUGCCGUUGACAUAUGAUGCCCGGUUUAACCGUCCCGGUGAGUUCUAUUGCAGCAACUGCGAGGACCAAAUGGACCCCAAAAGCUGGAUGUAUCAUUGCCAAGACUGCGAUCAAUCCUUUCACCCCGAAUGCUUUCCUGCUACGUCGGGUAUAUACAAAAACAUCAAAUUUGGGACACAGCAAUAUGUGUUUUCCAAAAUUCAUGAUCCUCGCCACUCGCUUAGAUUUCAAAUCAUUUCCAAGAAAAAGAGAUGUGAUCUAUGUCAUGAAGACAGUUACGAUACACCUGGAUUUCAAUGUGUGUCGUGCAACUUUAUCGUGUGUAAAGCCUGCGGUAUGAAACACAUGGAUGAUUGAUGAGGCCAAUUGAUUCACAUCGAAUCAAAUUUGUCUUUUUUUACAUGUACAUGUAGAUGUAGAUUGUACUAGUAUUUAUGUGUUGAGCUAAAUGUGUGUUGUUCUUGUAUCUUUUGUAGUAUUUGAUUACUCUUGUGUAUAAAAGUUUCAAGUGUUUA